AUGAGCAAAAUCCUUGCACCAGGCCGCGUAGUUAUUCUUCUCUCUGGGAGAUAUGCUGGAAAGAAAGCAGUGAUCUCCUCCGUGAAUCUUCAAAAGACUAAAGAUAGAGACUACGGAUUUGUGACAGUUGUCGGCGUUGAAAGAGCUCCAUUGAAGAUCACACGUGCUAUGAGUGACACCGUUCAAAGACUUAGAACUUCCGUCAAGGCGUUCUGCAAAGUCGUUAACGUCAACCAUUUGAUGCCAACCAAAUACACUGUCAACCUCGACCAACUCAACUUAAUUAAGGACGUCAAAAUUAACACCUUCGAAGCUGGUAAACCAUACCCAAUCGCUACCAAGAAAGCUCUUAGCUCGCAAUUCGCUGAGGUCUACAGAAAUGGUAAGGAAUCCUGGUUGUUCACUAAGUUGAGAUUCUAA